UACCUUCAAGUGACAAGCACGUGACUUCUCUGUGAGGAAACCUUGAACCAUACUUCAAAUUGGUAACGCCCACGACGACGACGACGACAAGCGACAUGUCGACAGGAACAUCAACACCUUCUAAGCAGCUGCUCUCCCGGGAAGCAUCUGCCUUCCAGCGAGAGCUUGAGGUCGAGCGGAUUCUCAAGGCGUUCAAGCUCAACCCAUAUGAUAUUCUCGACAUAGAUGAGUCUUCAAAGCCCGAAGGAAUCAAGCGCAGAUAUCGACAGUUGUCUCUCUUCAUCCAUCCUGACAAGACCCCCCACGCUCGUGCUCCAGAUGCAUUCGACCUUCUCAAGAAGGCUGAAUCCGAGCUAUCCGACACUGCCAAACGCGAGGCUCUUGACGCCACAAUUGCAGAGGCACGCCUACAGCUCCUCCGUAGUCACGGUUUCUCUACGAGCACGCAGGACGAUGAUCCGAAACUUCGAGGACUAGUCCCGUCCUUCAAGGUGCAGUUGCGAGCGAAGGUGAAAGACUUGUUAAUUGAGGAAGAGGUUAGACGCAGGAAAGCAAUCAAGAUGAACCUUGCGAAUGAGGGACUAGAAGCUCGGAAAAAGGAGGAAGAAAUUGCUACAAGGAAACGUAAAGCGGAGGAGGAUAAAACAUGGGAAGAAUCCCGUGAAACCCGUGUUGAUUCGUGGCGGUCAUUCAACAAUACCACAAAGAAGAAGAAAAAGACAAAGGCCCAGAUCCUUGGAUGAUUCCCUGAACGACCUACGCUCCCUUGGGAAACCCCGGUGCCCUGCCGUUGAAUCUAGUUCACCCGCGUGGGUUCGAGCGUUUAGAUUAACACCUGUCUUUCCUUGUAACCUAUAGUUUCUGCAAAUGUAAGAGAUCUGCUAUACCACAAGGACAUGCUUCCUGUAGCUGACCGUACUUACGCACGCGUGUGCUCGAAACCGACAAUUCAUCACG